AUCAGGCGGUGUUUCUUUUGACGUGUGGAGUGUUUCGUGGGCGCAUAAUUUUUCUCUUCAAUUAAUGAUUAUAAAAUCAUUUUCAUGAAAUUAUCAACUUCUACGAGUGCUUUAGAAGAAUUUCGUAAUUGUUAUUAUAUUCGAAGAUAAUCGUAGCGCCCUGGAGUAAUCAUGAGUCGAUUCUUCGCAACUGGGACCGACUCUGAUUCAGAGACUUCUUCUGAAGAGGAGCAGGUAGUACGCGCCCCAGCACCCGUUUACACGUUUAGUGAUGAUGAAGAGGAAACUAAACGCGUUGUGCGCUCUAUGAAAGAGAAAAGGUAUGAGGAGUUAGAAGGAAUUAUUCACUCAAUUAGAAAUCACCGUAAGAUCAAAGAUUUCUCCUCUGCCUUGGCAUCCUUUGAAGAGCUGCAGAGAGCUUACACUCGUGCUUCCUCAGUUAUUCAAAAGGAAGAAAAUGGAAUUGCUCCCAGGUUUUUUAUACGAGCCCUUGUGGAAUUAGAAGAUUGGGUAACUGGAGCAUGGAAUGACCGUGAUAGUAGGAAAGCAAUGUCGAAAGGCAAUAGUAAAGCAUUAACAUCUCUAAGGCAAAAGCUAAGGAAGUAUGCAAAGGAGUUUGAUUCUGAGAUUGUGAAGUUCCGUGAAAACCCUGACCUGCCUGAUGAUGAUGAUGAACGUAAAGAUACUUCCUCAUCUGAUGAGUCUGAUGAAGAAGAAAAAGUAAAAGAAAAGCCUAAGGUUCGCCGUUCACCUGAGCCACCCCGUAGGCCACCACCACAAGAUGAUGAGUCUUCUGACUCAAUGGACUGGGGUAGCAGCUCUUCUGAAUCCAGUUCCAGCUCUGAUGAUGAAACUCGAGGUGCAACCACUCUCCGUGAAAGAUUCUUGAAACGUACCACUGAGAGAGAUGAUGAUGAAGAGAGGGACAGGCGUAGGGCGAGAAGAGAGAGACGUGAACGGGCUGGUAAAGUUAGCAAGAAGGACCAAGCUGAUGACGGUGGAGAGUGGGAAACUGUACGCAAAGGUGCAGCAACUUCAGAUAAACCCAAGAUGUUUGCUAAGGAUAGUGACAUAGAUGCUGCCUUAGUAGUGAAGAAACUCGGUGAGAUUAGCGCCGCUCGAGGUCGUAAGCGUACCGAUCGCCGUGCUCAGCUCGAGCUUUUACACGAACUUCGUACUGUCGCUCAACAGCACAACCUUGGAGAUGCUCUUCAACUUAAAUUACGUGCUGCAACUGUUGCUGCACUUUUUGAUUAUAAUCCUAAAGUAUCUGAUGCAAUGAAACCAGAAUAUUGGUCUAGGCUCGUUGAAAAUGUCGACCAUAUGGUUACAAUUUUGCUAGCUCAUGAAGACAUGGUCCUGAGCGAAAUGAUUACUGAGGAAAAUGAGCAAUUAGUAACUCCUCCAUUCCAAGUUCGUGGAUGUUUACUUACUGCACUUGAGCGCCUGGAUGAUGAAUUUACUAAGCUCCUUAAGGAAUGUGAUCCCCAUUCUAAUGAAUAUGUUGAGAGAUUGAAGGAUGAGGUUAGGGUAUCUGCAUUGAUUGAUCGCGUAUGUCAAGUAGUAGAACGGGAUGGUGCACCCCAAGAAAUCUGUCGUGCGUAUCUUCGUAAAAUCGACCAUCUUUACUACAAGUUUGAUCCACGCGCCGUUAAGAAGGAUCUGCCUCCUGGUGAGGAGACUUCGAUUAAAAAGAUGGAACGUCUCUGCAAAUAUAUCUAUGCAAAUGAUGAAUCUGACCGUCUACGUACUCGUGCAAUUUUGUCUCAUAUUUACCACCACGCUUUGCACGAUAAUUGGUUCCAAGCGCGCGAUCUACUGCUUAUGUCUCAUUUGCAAGAAAAUGUUCAGCAUUCUGAUCCUAGCACUCAGAUUCUGUACAACCGUACAAUGGCCAAUUUGGGAUUGUGUGCUUUCCGCCGAGGGAAUGUGAAAGAAGCUCACGGCUGUCUCGCCGAACUAAUGAUGACUGGAAAGCCCAAGGAGCUCCUGGCUCAAGGUCUGCUGCCUCAACGCCAACACGAGCGUUCAAAAGAACAAGAGAAAAUUGAAAAGCAACGGCAAAUGCCUUUCCAUAUGCAUAUCAAUUUGGAGCUGUUGGAAUGCGUAUAUUUGGUGUCAGCUAUGUUGAUUGAGAUACCCUACAUGGCAGCUCACGAAUUCGAUGCCCGCCGUCGUAUGAUAAGUAAGACAUUCUAUCAGAACUUACGUGCUAGUGAGCGUCAGGCGCUCGUGGGACCGCCAGAGUCGAUGCGAGAGCAUGCCGUGGCCGCAGCCAGAGCCAUGCGACGUGGUGACUGGCGCGCAUGUCUCAACUUCAUCGUCAAUGAAAAGAUGAACGCUAAGGUUUGGGAUCUAAUGGUAGGUGCUGACAACGUUCGCGCCAUGCUUGGUCGUCUGAUACGCGAAGAAUCCCUACGCACGUAUCUAUUUACGUACGCCCACGUUUACGCAUCAUUGUCUCUUCGCUCGUUGGCCGAUAUGUUUGAACUGCCUCGCCAACGCGUGCACUCACUUGUCUCUAAGAUGAUUAUAAAUGAAGAACUUCUUGCGUCAUUGGAUGAUCCUAGCGAAUGUGCGAUACUUCAUCGCUCAGAACCCACUAGGAUGCAAGCGCUGGCGCUACAACUUGCUGACAAGGUUGGCAACUUGGUGGAUUCAAACGAGCGUAUUUUCGAAAAGCAAGGGUCGUUCUUCCAGCGGGGCGGCGCGCCGAGGGGCGAAGGCCGGCAACGGGACCGCCCCCGCGAGGGCUGGGGGGGGCGACGCCAGCGCAACCGCCGUCGCGACGACGAACGCGGCCACGAAGAUUGAAACCCACGUACAAAUUGAGCUACACAGUGAACACCAACAUAUUCUUACCGUUCAUAAAUUCCGAAGAAAAGUGCUCACUGCAAAGCUCUGUCAAUAGCGACGUGAAUGAUUGUGUGAAGGUCGCGACAUGUAAUAACAAAGCACUUGUGACUAAUUCCAAUGAGAAUAUACAUCAUAUUAAAUAUUACAAAGUCAGUAAUAAUUUCAUAUUUCAGCAGCUGUUACUUUCAAUAUCAAUUGUCACGUUGUUCUUACAGAGUAAGUGUCUUUUAUGCGAACAUUCGUGUCGCCAAUUUAAAUCGUUUCAUAUUCUUGGCUUAAAGCGCCCUUCCACAUGAUAUCGAUGAUAUGAUUUGGAUACAUUUUUAUCCUUCGUUUUCGUCGUUGAACGUGGAAGGGCGCAAAAAUGCUAUUAUACAACAAGCUAUCUUUUUUUUUGUAUCUGUCCAUACGAAACUGUAUUUUCGUAUAAAAAGUAGCUCUGGUUUUGUAAAUGAACAUUUGAUUAAAUAUAAUAUAUAUUGUCACAC